UGGUGCAGACCUAUUGGUUAAAUGAUUAGGGAACUCAGGGUCACGAGUUGGUUGAAGUCCGACGUUUAACUGACGCAGUUAAAUGCCGCAUUUGCGCCUGUAAGGGAAGUGCAUCGGUCGGUGCAUGUUAUCGAUACAGAUAAUGUCUUCGUGGAAAAACAAGGCUAAGACAUGUCUCGUGAAAUCGUCCACCUUGGUGAAGCCGGUGUCGGUGACGAAGAUCCCCGGCCGUUACUUGGCCCAUCAGGAAGGCCUGCCCAAGCUGCCGGUGCCGCCCCUGAAGCAGACGUGCGAGCGCUACCUGGCCAUGCUGGAGCCCGUCAUUAGCGAGGCUGAAUUGAGCCACACUCGCCAGCUGAUGGCGGAGUUUCUGCGGGCGGGUGGCGUGGGAGAGAGGCUGCAAAACGGUCUUGAGCGCCGUGCCCGCAAGACGGAGAACUGGUUGUCAGACUGGUGGCUCCAAACGGCCUACCUGGAAUUUCGGAUGCCCGUGGUGGUCUACUCAAGCCCUGGGGUGGUUCUCCCUCGCCUGGAGUUCCACGAUCGACAGGGACAGAUCAGGUAUGCUGCAAAACUGAUUGCAGGGGUCUUGGACUUCAAAACUAUGAUUGACAACGAGACCUUACCUGUGGAGUACCUGGGCGGGAAGCCUCUCUGUAUGAACCAGUACUACCAGGUCCUGUCCUCCUGCCGUGUCCCCGGGCCCAAGAGAGACACGGUGGUCAACCACGCCCUGGGAAAGAGACCGCCCACACACGUCACCGUGGUGCACAACUUUCAGUUCUUUGUUCUGGAUGUGUAUAACAGUGAUGGCACACCACUGACAGUAGACCAGCUGUACAUGCAGCUGGAGAAGAUCUGGAACUCCUCCCUCCAGACCAACAAAGAGCCAAUCGGGAUCCUGACCUCCCAGCACAGAAACACCUGGGGGAAGGCCUACAACAACCUCAUUAAGGAUAAGGUGAAUAAGGAGUCCGUGCGGGUCAUCCAGAAGAGCAUCUUCACCGUGUGCCUGGACGCGCCCAUGCCACGCGUGUCAGACGAGCUCUUCCAAACCCGGGCUGCCAUUCAGAUGCUGCACGGCGGGGGCAGCCGAUGGAACAGCGGGAACCGCUGGUUCGACAAGACCCUGCAGUUCAUCAUUGGAGAAGACGGAUCGUGUGGCCUUACCUAUGAGCAUGCCCCUGCCGAAGGACCACCCAUUGUGUCUUUGGUGGACCAUGUGGUCGAAUACACGAAGAAGUUGGAGAUGGUGCGCUCCCCCAUGGUCCCCCUGCCCAUGCCGCAGAAACUGCGCUUCAACAUCACCCCUGAGAUCAAGAAAGACAUCGAGAAGGCCAAGCAGAACAUGAAUAUAAUGGUGCAUGAUCUGGAUAUGAAGGUCUUUGUGUUUUCCCACUUUGGCAAAAACUUCCCCAAGUCCCAGAAGAUGAGCCCUGAUGCCUUCAUCCAGAUUGCUCUGCAGCUGGCCUACUUCAGGAUGUACCAGGCCUGCUGCUCCACGUACGAGAGCGCGUCCCUGCGGAUGUUCCGGCUGGGCCGCACCGACACCAUCCGCUCCGCCUCCAGCAGCUCGCUGCGCUUCACCCGCGCCAUGGACGACCCCUCCCAGCAGAACCCAGAGAAGGUGGCGCUGUUGCACAAGGCGGUACAAGCCCACCGAGCCUACACAGACAUGGCGAUCCGUGGCCAGGCCAUCGACAGGCACCUGCUGGGGCUGAAGAUGCAGGCCAUCGAGGACCUGGCCUCCAUGCCCGGGAUCUUCAUGGACACGGCCUACGCUGUGGCCAUGCAUUACAACCUCUCCACCAGCCAGGUUCCGGCUAAGACGGACUGCGUGAUGUGUUUUGGGCCAGUGGUUCCGGACGGGUACGGCGUGUGCUAUAACCCCAUGGAGGAGCACAUCAACUUUUCUGUGUCGGCAUUCAACAGCUGCGAGGACACCGAUGCCGCCAAGCUCGCUCAGGGCCUGCGGGGGGCGCUGCUGGACAUGAGGGACCUGCUGGAGCAGACGCCCCAGGCCAAGCUGUGAGGAGCUGGAUGCUUUUCAGAAAGGCGGACUCCUUCACUCCCUGCAGGGGUUGAACUGUGGAGCUCCAGGCCUGAGGCCUAUAAUGUGCUCACCUGUGCUUACUGCACUUACAGGUGGAACAGGCCCUACUGGGUGGAACUCAGACGGGCCAUUUUUGGGGCGAUGGAUUUGGGACAUGAGGAGAGGGUUUGACUUGACACUAAUUAAAUUAGUGAAAGAGAAACAGUCUAAAGAGUUGUUUUUUUUUUUUUUGCCUGAUAUGGAAAGUGCAGGUGCGUCUCGUCCUGUGUCUCGAGUCAUUCUUAUUCAGCCACAGGAGCUGCCAACUGACAACAUUACUGACUGAGUGCCUCAGCACCCUCCCUUAAUCCCAUGCGAAAAGUCCCUUUGGACAGUGUUGACUACAUAAUAUGACCUGAUUGGAGACUUUUAACUUUUAACACAAUUCUGCUAAAUGAGUUGAGUAGUGUAUAUGUAAAAAAUUAAGAAAUCAUAAUAACAAUUGAAUAAAACAGAAAGGAGUAGAUAUUAAUGCAUAGAGCUUUGAAUAUUUAAAAGAAGUGGCCCUGCUCAAAUGGUUUGGGGCAAUCUGUUUUUUCAAAAUAGUCAACUGUUCUUUUUUUAUUUUUUAUUUUUUGUUUACUGUGUGGUUUUGUUCAUUUUUCCACAAGAUUGAUGAUUUCCUGAUUGGCCUGUUUUUCCGCCCAGUUAAGGUUGUUGAUCCUGUAAUUUUGUCUGGGUCGCAAAAUGAGAUUCAAAAGACUGGAUUGUUUUAAGAAAGGGAUGUGUGUGUUUUUGAUGAUGGACAUUUUAGAAUGUGUGCCAAGUUUACAUGUGAUGGGAAAAGAGGAUUUAAACAGGAUACUUGUUAUCUGUUCAUUCACAACUCUGUUUCCUUUUUAUUUCUCAUAUUUCAUUAUUUUAAAAUAACACGUGCAGUGCACUCAAUAAAUCUUUCUAUUGCAGAGCUGGGAGAAAAACUGAAAAAGAAAAUUUGCUAUUGCACAAUGGAAGACAACAGCAAGAAGUCAAGUAUUUUAAUGUGGGAGUUAUGCAUUCAUUUACGUUGUUUGGUUACAAUGUUAGAAAUAUCUAUACUUUUUUGCAGCACUUAUAUUUCUUGGUUUUACUUCACUUUCUUGGUUGCACUAUAUUUUUAAUUCUGUAAGGUUUCAGAAUGGUUUUAAUAUGCAGACAUUUCACUUUUUUUUCCCAUUGCCUUGUAACUUGAUGAUGUCACACUCUUAGUUCUGGUGGGUUAAGAUGAAGGAGUUCUGGGUCGUCCUGAUCUAGCAUGUAAUAUUUAGGUCUCUAAUACAAAAAAAUGAUUUGCUGCUAAAUGCUAAUUGUGUUGAACCCUCUGUUUCAUUCACAGGAAUAGAAUACUCCAAAAAAAAAGUAGCCUUUUUUAAAAUGAUGUUUGUAUAUGCUUCUUCAUAUUUAAAUAAUUUUUAAUGAUAUUUAAUGUGAUUUAUUUUAAGAAAUCUAUGUAAUUAACACAGUUUUUAAUUUAUACAGAAUUGCAUUAGAUCUUAUUUAAUGGAUUUUCCUCUUGCACAGCUCCUGUGCUUCACAACAUAAAACUGAAUUGGUGUGUGUCAAUUGCAUAAUACUCUGAUGCUAAUACUAAUAGCUUUGUCAUAAAUAUCACUGUUAUCUUAAAA